AUUAAAAAUUCCAAGACUCAAAAACAUCUAAGUUUUUUAAACCUUGUUUUUAGUUUCAACGCUCCCACAAAGUUUAUUUUAAUUUGAAAUUUAGAAAUUAAAAGUUUACAAAAUGGCGUUGAGCGAUGCAGACGUCCAAAAGCAGAUCAAGCACAUGAUAGCAUUCAUAGAUCAGGAGGCUAAUGAAAAAGCUGAAGAAAUUGAUGCCAAGGCAGAAGAGGAGUUUGAGAUUGAGAAAGGUAGAUUAGUCCAAAUGCAUAGAGUUAAAAUUAUGGAGCAGUAUGAAAGAAGACAGAAACAAAUUGAACUGCAGAGAAAGAUCCAAAUUUCCAACUUGUCAAAUGCUGCUCGUCUGAAAAUACUGAAAGCCAGAGAGGAUCAUUUGAGAAAAGUGACAGAAGGUACCAGGCAGAUGCUGGUGAAGUUGACUCAAGAUCCGAGCAGGUACAAGAUUCUCAUGGAGGGUCUCCUCACACAGUGUCUCUUCAAAUUGUUGGAAGCUGAAGUUGUUGUUAGAUGUAAGAAGCAGGAUGCACACAUUAUUGAAGAGUUGAUCCCAAAAUGUGUGGACUACUACAUGAAGUCGACUGGAAAGAAGGUGAAGGUGACUGCUGAUAAGGAACAAUAUCUGCCCAGUGAUUCAACCGGUGGCGUUGAGGCAUUGUCAGGCAACCUGAAGAUCAAAGUGGAGAAUACGUUGGAUAGUCGUCUGCAGAGCAUCAGCCAUACUAUUGCACCGGAGCUGAGAGAAAUCUUAUUUGGGAAAAACCCGAACAGGAAAUUCCGUGAUUGAUUGUCUCAUCGAUUGAUUAAAUGAAACGAGUUGGUGAUUAUUGGCUGACGUGUUUUAAUGAGUCUCAUUUCGUGAUUGAUUGAUGUAAAGUGGAAAGAAGUUGAUAAAUGGCUAAACAUAUGUUUUAAUGUCUCAUAUGAUUGCGAUGUAGGAGGAGGACAUUUUGUUUCUCAACUGUGUAUGGAUGUUCUUGUUGCUGUAACCAACCAACCAACCAACCAACCAAACAUGCUCGUUGUACAUACUUUAAUAUUCACUAUCAUCCGAUUCUAGUCUAUUUCAUUUGUUUGUUGUGAAAUUUUUAUUUAUACAUUUUUUAUAUGUUAAUUGUUUUUACUCAACGAAUUAAAACUGCAUAUUCAGUAAACGAACAUAAACUUAACUAUAGUUUCGGGCUAUAGGUUUUUUGAUAAAUAUUAAAACAAGUGAAUAAAAAGUUUAUUAUUACUAUUAUUGAUAGAUUCAAUAAGAAUGGUAUUUAUUCAAAAAAUUUAUACCUUUCGUCAUUCCGAUUUUUACCAUGUAUGAAUAUACAUGUAUUGUAUGCGUAUGUAUGUAUAUAUAUAAUAUAUAUAUAUAUAAAUAAAAUGUAUCACAUUUUAAAGGUUGCGAUGUAUAGUUUGCAUUUACAUUGGAUUAGUCAUUUUGGUAAAUGCAUUUUUAAUUUCUGUAGUACCUUAUCAAUUGUGUAGGAUUCGUGUGCAUCUAUUUAUAUAUUUCACAGAAACAUAAAAAUGCAAAGUAUUACAAAGAAAAUUAUUUUAUUUGACUUAGAAAAAAAGUAUUCAGAAUGAAUGAUAAUUAAAAAAAUCAAGAAUGUCUGCUUGCAAACACACACACACACAAUGUAAUCAAGUAAUUUAUAUAUUUAUCUUCUAUGAAGUUUGUAUGAAGGUAUAAAUGAUGCACGUAGCUUCUAGUGCCAACAAAUUUUCCGUAUUUAAUAAAAUGAUUGAUGAUAAAAUAAUUAAAAAAACGGCAGCAGUUUAAAAAAGUAAACUUAAGUUAGAGUGUUAAAAAAGAUAAUUAACCAAAUAAAACGACGUUUAAUUAAUGCUAUUUAAAAAGCACUAAUUAUGAAAGAAAUGGAAGAAACUUAAACCAUGCAUCAUAAUCUGCUUAUUAUAGUACAAAACUUUUGAUAAAAAUUAUUAAAUCAUUUGAGAAAUGAAUUUAAAACUUUUUUUAUUUAUUAAAUUAUUUAAAAUUCGUAAAGGAAAGCACACGAAAAUUUAUGACGAAGUGAAGUGUACGUCACCAUUUAAAAAUUUUUCUCGGAACAUUUUAAUAGCUGUUAAUAACACAAUGGCCAUUAAAAAUUUAGGUAAAAAGAUUUAAGAAAUGAAUUAAUGCCGAUACAAAAACAAAUUUUAUUGCCAUAUACAUACGGAUAUAUAUGUUAUAUAUAUAUAUAUGCAUACAUACAUUAAGAGCAACAUGAUAUAUAUAUAUAUAUUAUAUAUGCUAGCAUGCAUUUAAAAUAUAUAGAUCAGGUAAAAAAUAACUGCAAAGACCAGUGCAAAUUAUUGUACAUAUUAUAGUAAAAAUAUAAUUAACAAUGGUAAUAAUAAAUAUAUAACAAUGAUGAAUAAUAAAUUAUAAUAAUGCCUAAUGAAAAUAACAACAAUUAACAGUUUGUGACAGCAUAUCAUUCACUUCUUUAUUCUGAAGCGCCCGCACCAGCUCCAACACACGAACAACAACCAACGACAACCGUCACUUCAUCUACCGAAGACAUCAUGUGCGUCAUCAUCAUUCUUUCUUCCCCCAUCAACAUCGUCAUCAUUACUACGGCCGCUUUCGUCAUCGUUACUAUGACAACCCAUUCCGUCAUCGUCGUCGUAGUAGCAUACCCCAUCUCUAACGACCACUUUUUUAUUUAAUUUGGGAUUGAAACCUGCUGCAGAUGUAUGAAUUCCAUUGCCAUCACCGUCUGAAACCACACCUACCGUGCCACCAUCAUCCCCAUUGCUGUUUUUAUCGGCCAUAAUGGCCUCAUUUUGUAGGUGAUCGACAUUGUUUAAAAAGAGGCAUCGUAUCUUCAGUGCUUUGCCGGAUUUUCUGUUUAUAGUUACAAGAAAUUUAGAAAUUCCAGCAUUUGACAUGAUGCUUCUUCUACAAGAGGUCUCUUCUGACUCCAAUGAUGACUCAGCCGAUAAGUUUUUCUUCUUCUUAUUAAUUUCAUCAUCAUCAGUAUCGUUAUAAUUUCUUUUAUCACUACUGUCUCUCUCAGGUAGGUAGGGAGCAUCAGCGUCACCGCCAACGUCAGGACAUGCCGGAUGAUUAGGUGUUGAAAGUGUCCCAACACUGCCACACUCUGAUCUCAACUCAUCAUUGCGAUUGCCUCUGCCGCUACAGCCAAUCCUAUUAUCUUUAUCCUCGAUAUUAACUGAACCAGCUUGAUUAUUACUGGCAGGAUGAUCAUUUAUAAUAUCAGCAACAAAGCAGUUUUGAUCUUGUGUCAUCGUGGUACUCUUAUCAUAUUCACUUACAUCAUAAACAGCAGCGUCACUGCAUAGAUCAUUAACACUGCUGGAGACUGCUGUCUGCACACUGGAUUUCUGAUCAUCAUCAGUGCCAAAGCCACCUGCAGCAGUAGUAGCAGCUGCAGUGGCAGUAUUGAAUGCAGUAGUACAUGCGGUAGAAGAGUAGGAUCUGAUGUUUUCAGAUGUACAAGUACUAGCCCGCAAUGGAUUUGUUGCUGCCGUUGAUGGGUUUGUGUUGGUAUUCAUGGAUACCGUAGUAGUGCUAAUGCCACUUUUAUUCAAAACAGUCAUGUCAGUUGUUGACGUCAGUUUCGCUGCAGUUGUUGAUGUCGUUGAUGAUUGCAUUUCAAAGGCUGAAGCAUCAAGAUUUUCACAUUUCAAUUCCUUUGAAAUAGAAAAUUGUUAAUGAAAUGCAAUGCAGGUAAUAACAAACACACUAACAUUAAAAGUACUAAGCAGCAUUAACAACAACAACAACAGUCUAUCUAUAUGCACCAACUUUCACAUUGAUAAUGGAUAAAAAAUACUACACACAUAACGGUGCAUUGCAGACAGACUAUUUGAAAAUCCAAUUCCUAUUCAAUAUGAACAUUAUCCAUUUAGGAAAAAGCAGUAAUAGUAGUAAACAACAAACAGUAUUACACUAUUUUGAGUAUUACACUAUUUUGUUAAAAGAAUAGUAUUAAAAGAGAUAACAUUACUAGCUGAGUAUUUUUGCCAAAAUAGCUGAAUAUCAAUAAGUUACAAUAUACACACCUUGUUAGUAUAUAUACAAAUCUAUAUGUUAGUAGUAGUAUCAGUACACUAUUAUAGCAAUAUUUUUUAUAAACAUAUGUAUUUUUAUUGGUAGUAACAAGUGCUCAA